CCUGGUGCUGCCUGCCUCUCUGCUCUCUCUCUCUCUCUCUGUUCUCUCUCUGAUAGACUUAACACGAGGGGAUUGUGUCAAGUGCUUAUGUCCAGGGUGGAUAUAACAAUGGAUGGAACAUUCUAGAUCCUGAGGAAUAUUCCUGUUAUGAUUUCUGUCAUGAUUUGUCGAUUUAUUUGAACCCAUGGGAGAGACCUGCAGUGGAGAACCCUGAAACCAGGAGUAGAGAACAGAGAGGAUUUAUAGGUUAUUAUCCUACACCAGAGGAUUCUAGUUUUAUGUGUGAUAUUUGAGUCUGUUUAAAAGCUAUAACCGCAUGGCUGAGAAAAAAGAGAACGUCUCCAAGUUUGAGAUGUUGAAACUCCUGGAGAAAUGCAGGAAGGAGAGAGACGAUGCGACGCACGGGGAGAGUAUUAUGAGGGAGAAGCUGAGACAGUACGAGUCCAGGAUGAGGUCAACGGAGGUGCUGAAACAGAAAGUCAAAACCAUGACUUCGGAGAACAAGGAGCUACGCAAGCAUGUCAAGACUCUCCGUCAAGAGAUAGGCCUGGAGGCGAGCCCCACGUUCAACGGCAAGACCACCAAGGACAUCAUCUCUGACAUGCAGGAGAAGGAGCGUCAGUGCAGUUCCCUGGUGGAGAAAACAAGUAGACUCAGUUUGACCGUUGAUGAUCUGACGUCCGAACUGGCAAAUGCUCUCACGUCCAAAACUCUUCUGGAAUAUCAGGUGCAGUCGUUACAGCAGAACCUGAAGGACAUGACGAAUAAUCAACGCCGUUUGUUGAAACUCUGGGAGGAUAAGAGAUCUCAGAGAGAGCAGCUCACUCUCCCUGCGAUAGGCCUAGCCCAGAGGCCCGGAGAGAAACCUGUGUCUCACAAGGGAGCACAAACGGAGAUGUCUAUCAAUUCAGCCCAGAAACUACCACCCAACGCGUUUGAGACCAAACCUUCUCCUUCACCACGGUCACGACACCACAAGACAAGGUCUUCUAUAGAUAAACAAGGGGGUUUAACAACACUGGGAAAUGGUCAUCAGCUGGGGAACGGGAAUCAUCAGCUGGGGAAUGGAAACCAUCAUACAUUGGGAAAUGGCCUCCAGCAGGGAAACGGGAAUCAUCAGCUGAGGAACGGGAAUCAUCAUACAUUGGGAAAUGGCCUCCAGCAGGGAAAUGGCCUCCAGCAGGGAAAUGGCCUCCAGCAGGGAAACGGGAAUCACCAGCUGGGGAACGGAAACCAUCAUACAUUGGGAAAUGGCCUCCAGAAGGGAAAUGGGAAUCAUCAGCAGGGAAACGGGAAUCAUCAGAAGGGAAAUGGGAAUCAUCAACGUGAAAAGGAGGAUUUAUUUCACUAUGAAACCAAUGAACACUUACUGUAAGGCUUUAUAACACAUACUGUAAGGCUUUAUAACACAUGCUGUGAGGCUUUAUAACACAUACUGUAAGGCUUUAUAACACAUGCUGUAAGGCUUUAUAACACAUGCUGUGAGGCUUUAUAACACAUACUGUAAGGCUUUAUAACACAUGCUGUAAGGCUUUAUAACACAUACUGUAAGGCUUUAUAACACAUGCUGUAAGGCU